AACGUUGUCACUCACAGCAGCAAGUGUAUAAGGAUUUCAUUUUCUGCCCUGGUAGCUCACUCUUUCCGAUGCUGUAAAAUAGAGCCUGGAGCUUUAGAGGCAGAAUUAUGUCUCCCUUGUACCAGGACCUUGAGGCAUUACCCUGUGAGCACAGUUUCUGUUUGAAAUGCAUUGAGGGAGUUUGGACCCUGACAAAGACUCAGGAGGAUUUGCCAGAAUUUCAACACCAGCCCCAGUCUGGGGAGAAACUUUAUGCUGUGUGAUAUAGUGGAAAAAAAUAAGUGCUCACAGGCUCCUGCUGAUUUUUCCCACAUCAUGUGUGAUUACUGUAUCGAGAAUCCAACACCAGCUGCGAAGACAUGUCUGAAAUGUGAAGCUUCAUUUUGUGAUCUUCAUUUGCAACCACAUCUGCUCAAAAAGACCUUCAGUGGACACACCCUAAUUGAACCUAUGGCUGACCUUACAAGCUGGCAGUGUCUUGACCAUAAGGAAUUUCUACAGUUCUAUUGUGAAAAAGAUGCAGUAUGUGUGUGUGGUUACUGCAUAACUAUGGGUAAACAUAAAUCCCACCUGCUGCUGAGCCUGGGUCAGAUGCAAGGUGCAAUUAAGACACAAAUCAAUGAGCUGACAGGAAAGUUAUCGAAGAGCUUCUCUGAAUGGAGGAGAAAGCUGGGAGAAGAUGAAGAAUUCACACCCAAACUGAUCGAUGAGGAGGGGUUCCAAGUUCUCUCUCAGAUUAGAAGCUGUUCUGAAUUAUUAAACAAGAGGAUGGAACAGAUUACAUUAAUAGAUGAUGAAACCCAGAGCCUGGUAAAGAAGGACCCUCUCUCCUUUAUUCAGAACUCGAUGCAGCUCCUUUCCAGAGUGACUGAGACUGAGACAGUCACAGGCCCAGAUGUUCCAGUCCUCGCCCUGAACCUGUCCAAUAUUUCUCAACUUAUCCAGAAGAGGCUGAAUGGAUGGGAAAAGUGCCACUCAGACAUAUUGGAAAUCAUCAUGCCAGCUUACACCGAAUACAGAGGCCCAAGGAAAGUAACUCUCUUCCCCACCCAGCUCCUCUGGGGCAGCCCCUAUCCCACAGAACAUCCUCCAGCUGUCGACAGGGAUCAGGAAAGUAGGAGUAUCCCAAGGGAAAAGGUCAUUGAGCCUGGAUCCAAAGACAGCAAACUGCAACUUGGUUCUGUCUGAUGAUCUGAGAUCAGUAACAUGGACCCAACAGGAACAGCUCUACCCACCUCAUCCAGAGAGGUUUAAACAUCAUCCCCAAAUCCUCUGCUCCCACAGCUUCUCCUCAGGAUCUCAUUCCUGGGAUGUGGAGACUAAUGGGGAUUACUGGCGAAUAGGGAUUGUGUGUGGGAAUGUGGAGAGGGAAGGACUAAAUUCACAUCUUGGCAAUAACAGUAACUCAUGGUCUUUAUGCUUUUAUGGUGGUAGUUUUCUCAGAGCUUCUCACAAUAACCAGCCCAUUUUCAUCUGACAGUUUCCACCAAAGAGCAGGAUCCGAGUUUUGUUGGAUUAUAAGGCUGGGACUAUGUCCUUUCACUUUCUCACUGACACAUUUGCACACAUUCCAAGCCAUAUUCACUGAACCUGUGUUUCCAGCAUUUUGUUGUUGGGAAAAAUCCCUAAAACUGAUCAAUUAAUCCUCAAAUCCUACACAGGGUCACGUAACUUCUGGUUUCAGAGAUCUCUCUUUUUGGUCAAUCUGGUGGUGUCACUUUCAG